GCUGCGUUCACCACCAUCCGUCAAGAGCUCUCGGUGACUUGACCGGAAUCAAGAAGCAUUUCUUCAGAAAACAUGGCGAGAAGAAAUGGAAAUGUGAAAAGUGUUCGAAGAAGUAUGCGGUGCAAUCAGAUUGGAAAGCUCAUUCUAAGACUUGUGGCACUAAAGAAUACAAAUGUGACUGUGGAACUCUCUUUUCAAGGAGGGAUAGUUUCAUAACGCAUAGAGCAUUUUGUGAUGCAUUAGCAGAAGAGAGUGCACGAGCCAUACCAAACCCUAUUCUCAUCCAAUCUUCUUCUCCUUCUCCUGCUCAUCAUCUUCAAACACAACAAAACAUCAACUUCGCUUCUGCGUCUUCCCAAAACAUCAUCACCAACAACAAUCUCCAUGGUCAUGAGUUCUCUAUGAAGCAAGAAGAACCACAGCAUCACUUCCAAAACAUCCCUUCUUGGCUUGCUUCAUCAAACCCUAACCCUAACGGCAACAGUGUUAGUUUGUUCCCUCUUGCUUCUCCUGCAAGCACCGGGAGAUCCAACUUCCACCACUCCUCUCCGGCUAUGUCAGCCACAGCUUUGCUCCAGAAAGCAGCUCAAAUGGGUCCAACAAAGUCAACAAAUGCUCCAGAGGAAGAAGAGAGGUCGUCGUCUAGGUCAAGCUAUAAUAACCUGAUCACGACUACAAUGGCGGCGAUGAUGACUUCACCACCAGAGCCUGCGUUCGGAUUUCAAGACUACUAUAUGAUGAAUCAACAUCAUCAUCACCAUCACGGCGGAGAAGAAGCUUUCAACGGUGGUUUUGUCACGAGAGACGAGAAGAACGACGACGGUGGAGGAGAGACGAGGGAUUUCUUGGGGCUAAGAUCGUUAAUGUCUGAUAACGAGAUGCUAAGUUUCGCUAAUCUUGGGAACUGUAUCAACACUUCUGCAUCAGAACAACAACAUAGCCAUCAAGAUUAG